AUGGAGUUCGAUUCCAACUUCAAAGAUGAUCUUCCCCUCUUUUCGAGCUUCUUCUCCGAUAAAACGGAGUCGAAGCCACAGCUAGUACUCGACGACAACGACAACGAUCACGGCGACUUUUCGGGCAUGGAAUUAGGCAGCUCUUCUUCCCCAUCAUCAUCAUCCAAGGGUUUGUUCCAUAGUUUACAACUCCACAAUAAUUUUGAAAAUCAUAACCAUAAUCAAUAUCUUCAUCAAUAUUUCCCCAUCAAUGGAUCAUCUGAUCAUCAUCAUCAUCCAAUGAAUAAUAACAAUAACAAUAAUCAUUUCUCCAAUAUUGAUCAUGGGUCCUUACAAAACCUUCUUUCUGAAAUUCCAAUUACAACCCAAUAUUUUGAUCCAAAAAUUGAACCUGAUUUCACCAAUAAUGAAUUCUCCAAAGAUCAAAGCUUUGAAAACAUUGGGGCCAAUAAGUUCAUGCAUGGCUUUCUAGGGUGUGGGAAUAAUGUUUGGACAAAUUUUCCUGGAAACUUUUUGCCUCAAUUUUCUCAGCUCCCAAACAGCCAUUUAGGGUUGGGAUCAUCAUCAUCUAGCAGUACUGGUAAUUUCAGUUUUAUUGGGUAUGAUCACAACAAGAAGAGAAAAAGAAUUCAGCUUAGAAAAGAAAACAAGCCUCCCAAGAAGCUUCCAAACAUAAUUAAGGGACAGUGGACUCCUCAAGAAGACAGAUUGUUGGUCCAAUUGGUUGAUGAAUAUGGCAUAAAAAAAUGGUCACAAAUUGCAAAAAUGCUGGAAGGAAGAGUUGGGAAGCAGUGUAGAGAGAGAUGGCACAACCACCUGAGGCCAGACAUUAGGAAAGACACAUGGAGUGAAGAGGAAGACAGAAUACUAAUUGAAGCUCAUAAAGACAUUGGAAAUCGAUGGGCGGAGAUUGCCCGGAGGCUACCCGGCCGCACGGAGAACACCAUCAAAAACCACUGGAACGCCACAAAACGCCGUCAAAAUUCCAAGAAAUUCAAAGCCAGAGACGCCGAUUCCAUCAAUAAUAACAACAACAAUCCCAACGGCGGCGGCGGCUCCAUCCUUCAAAAUUACAUUAAAACCCUCACCGCCGCCGAAGAACCGAACCAAAUCCCGGACUCGCUGCCGCAGCUGGUGGACACACACAGCCCUGCCCCCGACGACGGUGGUGGAUAUUGCUUCGGGUUCGGAAUGGGAUCUGGAUCGGGAUCGGAGUUGGAGUGUUUGAAUCUGUUGCAACAAAACGAUGCAAUGAAAUCGGAGAUGGAUCUGCUGGAGCUGAUUUGUCAGGGGAAUCUUUAA